UUUGGCUUGUUUAUUUUUGGACAUUUCGAGGCGGAGAAAAACCAGCCAGCUAACCUCUCUUUUUCAUUUUCAUUUUCGCAUUUAGGACAAAAAAAACCGGCUCUGAAAAUACUUAUUUCUCUACUCUACCAUCUCGUAAUUUAUUUUACUUUUGUUGGCUCAGGUCACAGAUAUUUUUCUCUGCGCUUGCCACGAUACUAUCCUACCACCACUUACACACCAUAUUCAAAGAUCAUCAAAUACGCAAGUGGUAACCAUUUGCACAAAAUUACGAUGCUAGCGCACACACUUGUCCAGGGCGUCUGCAUGCUUGCAUUGGCAAUGCUAUUCCCCAUUGGCAAAACAGCGACAGCUCAGGGAUUUUCCAAGCGGGUGGUCGGUGGUAGUGCGGCUCAAGAUGGGGAUUUCCCGUACACGGUAUUUGUAUCGACACCAUCAGCGACAAACAACACGGCAUGUGCUGGUGCCAUCUUGACAGACCAACUUAUAGUCACAUCGGCAUACUGCGUGUAUGACCCGGCCACAGGGCAGGCAGUGGAUCCCAGCACAGUCAACGUGGGCUUUGGGAAAAGCAACAAGGCUGACCAGCCGAAUACAAGUGUUCUCAAAAUCAUUAUCAACAGUACAUACAAUGCGACAUCGGGUGUUGACGAUAUAGCAUUGCUUCAAGUUAACUUGACCAAGUUUGUGUCUUCAACGGUGAAUCGCAUUCCAGUCUAUAUCGGCGAUAUCUUCAGCGGCGAGUCGCUUCGUUCAUGGAUUGGCAUUGCCACCAGCAACACAUUGAACUAUGCCAACCUGACAGUUGGUGACGACACUUCGUGCGGCGGGGUGGACUUGUUCCAAAACAGCAAUGGAAGGGCAAUAUGCACGCGCAACAAGCUGACACCAGGAGCUGGACCAUGCCUCGGAGACUAUGGAGGGCCACUGGUCAUUUACGAUAAGGGCGUAGCAAAGCUCGUGGGCGUGCUAUCGACGUUUGCUACGCCGAAUGGCCAGGCGCUGGACUACUGUGGCAACAACAAUACGCUGGCGUACUACACGCACAUCAGCUACUACCUGCCAUUUUUGCAGCAAAAGACAGCACUCUCGGCGGAUGCGUUCACGGGGAACACGCCGCUUGUUCCUCUUGGCGAUGACCGUGUGGUUGGGCCAUCUCACGCCAAGCUGUCCAAGGGCGCCAUUGCCGGAAUCGCUGUUGCUGCAGUGGCGUUUAUAACCCUCAUUGUCAGCCUAGUGGUUGUCAUACGUCGCAGUGCGCGCAAGAGAAGAGACAUUCAUCACGAGCAGCAAAUCUACGAGCUAGGGCUGCAGCAGCUAGCGGACGAGUUGGGCGGCUCCUACGAGCCAAAGACAUCGAGUACAAUGAGCGCGUUCCACUCUUCGAUCGGCACGCCGCACGACAAUGAUGGGUUCCUGAGCAAUGUGUCGGCUCGAUACAGAUAUGCCCGGCACUCGACCUACAGCGAUAACAGCGAGUCGCCGUUCGCGGAGCAUAUUCCGCAGAUGACCGACGUGGGCACAGAGCUGGGGCUGGACACGCUCAGCAAAACGCACAGGCACACGGACGGGUCGCCCAAAGUGAUGGACUACAUUUGCCCCAGCCGCGACGCCAAAGUUUCCGACUAUUACCGGCACCUACUGUUUUACCCGCGCGACAGCGCGACUGAGAAGGCGGCUGAGAGUGCGGAUGAAGGAAACCUCAUCAGCUUUUAGUUUGAUACUUUAAAAACGAAAAUAAAAAAUAAUGAAAUGU